CAGAGCUCUCCCACGCAUUCUGCUCUCAUGUGCCAUGAGCAGCUCAGGAAGUUCUUGCGGCUCCUUCUCGCCACGGAUUCUUGCCGUGCUCGCUUCGCCCCGCUCUUAGUUGUACACAAGCGAACAACUCGUUCGCCACGCCGCGUUCCUCCCCGACAAGAUGAAUCUCUCCCUCCUAAGCUUCUUGGCAAAGCGUGUCCCUUUUACUGCUCUUACUCGACAGCGUCGCGUCGCGCCGCGUCGCAUUCGUUUCGCCUCCGUUUUAGUAGGUCCCUCAGUCACUAUGAACUACUACCGCAUAAAACAAAAAAAUCCUAUUUAUUUUAGGAAAAUAUCCAGCCACUGAAGUGCCUGAAACUAGACAAGACAGAAUCAAAUCCUGGGGAGCACGCCACCUCUUGAAACCCCUCUCGUUAGAAGCACGUCACGUUCCCUGCUCGAGCAACCGAAAGAUUUUGAAAGUAGUAGUAGUAGUAAUAGUUGGUUAUUUUUUUCAUUCUUCCGGGAAGUUAAACGCAGCCGGGAUAUCAUUGGCGGAGCCUUGCGCGGUAGCCGCCGUAAUGGAUCGUGAUCGCGAUCGCGCAAGCCGCCGCCGUCAGCUUGGCGCGCUGUUCCUGCUGACGAGCCUCGCGGCGGCGUUAACGGGUGUGGGCUGUGUGAAUCUCGCCAACUCCCAAGCGCGCGCUCUUAUGGUGUGCCAGCAGGUGUGGGGGCGGAGGUUUCGCGGGUGGCGGGUUGGGGGGGACUGCACCGAUGCAGCUUACAUCAGCUGCAACGCGCAAGGCAUGGUGACCAGCAUGGAUAUUCAGCAGAGUGAGUUAGCCGGGCCCAUUCCAACAACGAUUGGCCAACUGAGCGGCCUAAAAUACCUGGAUCUGAGUGAGAACAACUUGACCGGGCCAAUUCCGCGGGCCAUUGGGCAACUGAGAAACCUGGAGCUGCUAACCCUUUGGAAGAACAAUCUAAGCGGCACCAUACCAGUAGCAGUGACCGGGCUUCAGAGGCUGAGCUACCUGGACCUAAGUGAGAACAAAUUAACCGGGCCCAUCCCAUGGGCUAUCGGCAGCAUGAGCAGCCUGCAAUUCCUAACCCUCUGGCAGAAUGAGAUAACUGGCGGGAUACCAGCGACAAUUGGCAAGCUCCUAGACCUCACCUAUGUCGACCUGGGUGAGAACAGUUUAACCGGGCCCAUUCCAUCGACUAUCGGCAGCAUGAGCAGCCUGAAGUCUCUGGCACUUUGGCACAACAGGUUAAGUGGGUCGAUACCAGCAACAUUGGGCAGACUAGUAGACCUCAGCUAUUUGGAUUUAAGUGUGAACAACUUAAGCAGCUCCAUUCCUUCUACUAUUGGCGGCAUGAGCAGCUUGAAGUUCCUGUCCGUAUCAUGGGCCAUGACAUGGCCAGUACUUCUUGAGUACCUCACUCACUUGAGGACCUGUAUUCUAAUGCAUUGUCUGGAACCAUCCCAGAAACCAUUGAAAAACUUACCCAUCUGACAAGAUUAGUCCUUCAAUACAACAAGCUGUCGGGCUCCAUUCCCGAUUCCAUCAGCAGGCUUUCAAAGCUCAAGGAACUUAAUGUUUCGCACAAUAGCCUUGUUGGACUGCUCCCUCCAGCGGUUGGCAGCCUUAUCGGGCUUUCAUACUUGAACGUAACUGGAACGGCAGUCACAUGCCCACCGGACUUCAGCAGCUGUGUGGUCAAGCAGAAAGGUUCAAGUGCUUUUUGCAAGAUUUGUGCCGCCUUCUGCACCUCUUGCAUCAAGCCAAAGCCCUCCUCAACGGAGGCCGUAAACACAACCACCAACAGCAGCAGCAGCAGCAGCAGCGGCGGCGGCGGCGGCGGCGUUAGCAGCAGCCAGCCCGUGUCAUCGGCGUCUGGGAGUGGAAGCGACCUUUCAGUGGGAGCCAUCGCAGGCAUCGCUGUUGCUGCUGUCACUGUGCUCCUCCUGCUCUGCGCUGCUGUUCUGCUCUGCCUCAUGCACGUCAGGCGGAAGAACUCCAAGGACCUGUUUGACAGCAUCGCAGCCUCUUCUUGCACGGAGUUUUCUCUCAAGGAAGUCGCAGCGGCCACCAAUCACUGGGCCAAGGCCAACCGCCUGGGCUCGGGCGCCUUUGGGGAUGUGUACAAGGGCGUGUGUCCUCGGGACGGCGCCACAGUGUGGGCUGUGAAGCGGGCGCGACUGAUCAACGUGGACUUUCAAAGGGAGGUGCAGCAGAUGGCUGGCAAGAACCAUCCCAACAUCGUGCGGCUGCUGGGGUUUGUGGUCGGGGGGAGCAUGAGGACACGGCCGGAGCAAAUCCUCGUCUACGAGUUUGUGCCCAACGGUGACCUCCAGCAUUGGAUCCACUCAGACACCCCCCUUUCUCUGAGCCUGCAGCAGCGGCUGGACAUCCUCAUUGGAGCUGCGCACGGGCUGGCGUACCUGCACAGCUUUGGCAUCGUGCAUCGCGACAUCAAGCCCGCCAACAUCCUCAUCACUUCCACCAUGCAGGCCAAGAUUGCAGACUUUGGGCUGGUGAGAAUGGAAGAGGGCACCACUGUGGCCUCCACUCGAGUGAUGGGAACACCAGGCUAUGUGGAUCUCAUCUACCUUAAGACAUCCAAGGCAACCACUGCCACAGACGUCUACAGCUUUGGAGUGCUGAUGCUGGUGGUGCUCUCUGGACGCAAUCCGGAUUUCGAGCUCGGCAAGGAGAGAUGCCACAUCUUAUCAUGGGCGGUAAGCUGCCUCGCCUCCGGCAAAACAAUCUCACUCAAAGACCCCCGCAUGGAUGCCCCUCUGGAUGCUGUUCAGCGCUGGGCUGAACUGGCAGUCAGGUGCACCGUGCAGUGCUCUGCGAGCCGCCCAAGCAUGGAAGAUGUUGCAAGCGAGCUGAUGAGCCUGAGGGUUGAUGUGGUGGGAAAGGAGGAGCUGGUUGCCGCAGUGAGGGUGGAUGAAGAGGUGCUGGAGAUGAGGUGUGUGAGUGAAACGGAGACUGAUUUGGACACUGAGCUGCUUUCGCUGGCCAGCUUUCUGAAUGAAGAUCUCACUGAUGCUGCUACUACCCCGAGCACCACAGCAGCGUAGGCUCUGUGGCAUGGGGUUGGAAGCGUAGUCGCAGACUGGAGCUGCUUUCCCUUGAUAGUUGUUUGAAUGGGGACUGUGUUCGAGUCGACUCAACAGAAGGUGGAUGCGGAGCAGGGCUUCAGAUUGGAUUUUGAGGGGCUGUUGGCUCAGGGUGCCCCCAGAAGGAGCCCCCGUUUUUCAGGGUCCGGUUUUGGAAGUUGCAAUUUUUUUCAGGGUAAAAAUUUUCAAAGGCUGAAAAAUCAGGACUCAAAAUUUUCAGAGCUGAGAUGAUGGGUUGAACCUUGACGAUUUUUUUAGGGUGGGUAGGAUUUUAACCUAGCACAUUAUGUUAGACAUGGCAUGUUUUGUCAUACAAAAAAAAAAAAACCUGACUCAU